AUGCUUGUUGUAGACGAGGCGGAUAGAAUAUUUGACAUUGGGUUUGAACAGGAAAUGCAUCAAAUUGUCCGUUUAUUACCCAAAAAACGCCAAACUGCUUUGUUUUCUGCUACAUGUUCGGCCAAAGUUGAAGAAUUAGUUCGUGCUGCAUUGCGAACAAAUCCUCUCAAAAUUGGUGUUAUGGAGCAGAGAGCAGAAAGUUUAACAGAUUCUAGCUUAAAUGAUUUAGCAACUCGAGAAGGAUUGGAGCAGGGUUAUGUCGUUUGUUCGUCAGAAAAGCGUUUUCUUUUGCUCUUCACUUUUCUUAAAAAGAACAAGUCGAAAAAGGUAAAUAUUCUCUCAAUUUUCUUUACAAGGGCAACCUUUUUUAAUAUUUUUCAGAUAAUGGUUUUCUUCUCAUCAUGUGCUUCUGUUCGAUUUCAUCAAGAAUUACUUAAUUUUAUUGAUCUUCCUGUUUUAAGCAUUCAUGUUUGUUUUUAUUUAAUUUUUAAAUUUUUUUUCAUUCAGGGCAAACAAAAACAACAAAAAAGAACUUGUACUUUCUUUCAAUUUUGCCGAGCAAAGACUGGUACUUUGUUAUGUACAGAUGUCGCCGCUCGUGGUUUAGACAUUCCUUCUGUUGAUUGGAUUUAUGAUCCACCAGACGAGCCCCGCGAGUAUAUUCAUAGAGUUGGCCGAACAGCUAGAGGAGAAUCUGGAACUGGAAAUGCCCUUUUAAUUUUGAGACCUGAAGAGCUUGGAUUUUUGCGUUUCUUAAAGGCAGCUAAAGUAACAUUAAAUGAAUAUGAAUUUUCUUGGAAUAAAUUAGCAAAUAUUCAACCUCAAUUAGAACGUUUAAUUUCACAAAAUUAUUAUUUAAAUAAAUCAGCAAAAGAAGCAUAUAAAGGCUAUAUUCGUUCUUAUGAUUCUCAUUCACUUAAACAAAUUUAUGAUGUUAACAAUUUAGAUUUAAUUAAAGUUUGUAAAUCAUUUGGUUUUGAAGUACCUCCGUUUGUUGAUUUACCAAUUUCCAAUCGUUCAAAACUUGAAAAAGCCAUUGCUAAAAAAUCUGAAAUACAAAAUAGACAAAAACCGUCAGUUAAAACUGAAAAAGAAUUUGUACCUUUAAAAAGGAAAGAUAAGGGAAGAAAAGUUUUUAAACAAAAUAAGAAAAUGAAAGUUUAG